UGAUAGCUUGUGAAAAAAAUAUAGAACACGCGUCUUUCCAUUCAACACACAGUCACCGUCACUUGCUAUAGCCUAGAGAAAAUCGAUAUCUUAAUGCUGCGACUUGCACUGCGAAGAGUUUCUUCAACUUCUACAUCCACCGUCGUUAAACCCUCUUCCCGGUCCAUUUUCGGUUCGGCUUCUAAACCGAGCCUGUCAAUAUGGAGGCGGAAGAAAGAGUUGGGUAAAGAAGGUCUCAUCAUUACCAAAGAACUCAAAAGACUCCAACCCGACCCGGUUCGUCUCGACCGCUUUGUCCGCUCCAACGUUUCUCGCUUGCUCAAGUCCGACCUCGUCUCCGUACUCUUUGAAUUCCAAAGACAGGAUAAUGUCUUCCUCUCCAUGAAGUUGUACGAUAUAGUUCGCAAAGAAAUAUGGUACCGGCCGGACAUGUUCUUUUACAGGGACAUGCUUAUGAUGCUUGCAAGAAACAAAAGGGUGGAUGAAACAAAGAGGGUGUGGGAAGAUUUGAAAAGAGAGGGAGUUUUAUUUGAUCAACAUACAUUUGGAGACAUUGUUAGAGCCUAUCUAGAUAGUGGAUUGACCUCAGAGGCUAUGGACAUAUAUGAAGAAAUGAGACAAUCUCCCGAGCCGCCUCUGUCGUUGCCUUUUCGUGUAAUAUUAAAAGGACUCAUUCCAUAUCCGGUGUUAAGAGAGAAAAUAAAAGACGACUUUUUAGAGAUUUUCCCGGAUAUGAUCAUCUAUGAUCCUCCUGAGGACUUGUUUGAAGAUCAUGAGAAACACAGGGAUGGUACUGGUACUGAUACUGACAUUUAUUGACGAGGUGAUGGAUUUUAAUGGACCUCCUUGCAUUAAGGAUCUGACACUUGGAGCAUGAACAAAAAUAUGCGGGGAAUGAGAGAGUUUCUGAUACCAUCAUCUGCAAUAUGCUGUAACAAAUUCUUUUGAUAGAGAUAUUGAAGUUUGCGGCAUAUGUUUAUACAAUGAAGCAGCAUGAUGCCAUGCAAUGUUGAAACGAGGUAGCUGAUGUUCGAGUAACCUCAUUUUUUCUCGCUUUUCUGUGAUGAUUCCGGCGUUGUGAUUUUCAGACGGCUCUGUCCCGCUCUUUUCAUCAUUAUACUCGAUAGGAUGAAUGAAUAUUGAUGAUACAUUACCUGAUUUCUUAGGUUAGAAAUAGAUGUUGUUCAAGUGGAAAUAUCUAUACACAAAUGUUUUCUUUUGAUAAUUAUAUUCAGUGUGUUUAUUUUGGUCCCAUGCUCGAAUUGUUUAUAUCAAAAUAUUUGGAUAUGCUUCUCAAGUUAAGAGCAAAUCUCAUUACUUUUCAA